ACCCUCCGCUGUAUUUAUUUACCAGAAGAAGAACUACCGGAAACGUCAGCAAACUGUCCGAGAUGGCGUCGGGAGUGGAUCAAGCUGUGGGCAUGAGUCUGGUGGUCUUCAGCCUGGUGCUGUUUACGUAUUACUCAGUGUGGGUCGUCGUCCUGCCUUUCGUGGACAGCGAUCAUGAGCUGCACAAAUACUUCCUUCCUCGGGAAUAUUCGGUCAUUCUGCCGGGCAUCGCCGCCGUCAUACUGCUCCUCUGUAUAGGGGCCUUCACUGCUGUUAUUUUGUGGAAGAAUCGUAAACCAAAGAAAGCGGACUAAUCUGAGGACGUUCUCGUCACUGCUGUGGACUCAACUCUCUCUGCAAACAGAAAAACAGGCUUUUUCUUCAGUAAUGGACCCUAAAAGGUUACUGGCUGCACAUUAGAUGAUGUUAGACACUGUGGGCCUCAUGUCUGUGGAGUCUCCACUGUAAAUACAAACUACGUGCAUGAUGGGAGGAUUCUAAUGUCAGAAAUGGGCUGAAACUGUCCACAUGCCUGUGGUCUCCCAUGUAUGUGGAGCUAGCUUCACUUCUCCAGCCCUGUGUGUUUAUAGACCUGAAUACUGUCUAGAUUUAGUUUCUAUUUUCUAUAAGAUUAGAGAAAGCUAGCUGCUGUUCUAAAAUGUUUUUGUUAAUGUCUGAGUUGAACAUUUGUGCUGAAAGUAAACAGACUGAUCCGGGA